GCGUUUGCAUGUCGCUCUCGCGGUAUCUUCGUCACAAACAAGGAAAAGAUUCGUUUAGUCGAUGUUUGGUGGUUCUCAAAAAUGGGAGCGAUAAAGUCCUUCCGGAUUUUGCUGAGUUUAUGCUGCAUAAUCGUGAGCGCCUCCGGAUCUUCCGAUGUGUUCGAUAGUGUUUUGGGAAACACGGCGUCUUGUCAUAAUACAUGUCAGAUGCACAGUUUGCACACUUAUCCACGGGAGGAAACUCUGUACGCCUGCCAGAGAGGUUGCCGUCUCUUCUCCAUCUGCCAGUUUGUAGGUGACAGCAAAGAUCUCAAUGAAACCAAAUCUGAAUGCGAGUCAGCCUGUCGUGAAGCAUACGCCCAGUCAGAUGAGCAGUACGCAUGCAAUCUAGGAUGUCAGAGUCAACUACCAUUUGCAGAGCAAAGAAUGGAACAGUUGAUGACAAUGUUGCCCAAAAUCCAUCUCUUAUACCCGCUGACACUGGUUAGGGGUUUUUGGGAAGAGAUGAUGAGUCAAGCCAACAACUUCAUCACCUCGUCUUGGACAUUUUACCUCCAGGCAGAUGAUGGUAAAGUUGUCAUUUUCCAGUCGGAGCCGCAAGUUCAGUUUAUCCCUGAGUUUGAGUUUCAGAAAGAGGAGACAGAUGAGGCACGGAGCAUUUUUGCAAAUCGGGAAAUGUACAAUCCUGUUUAUAAAGACUUUCCGAGGAGCUCCAUCCAGGAGAGAGACAGAGACAUGUUCAUUGAUGGAAGCAACUCCGAGGACAAGUACAACCUUUUCAGCUGCCUCUCAAGGAACCCGUGGCUGCCUGGCUGGAUCCUGACCACCACACUGAUUUUAUCUGUCUUUGUUCUAAUCUGGAUCUGCUGUGCCACAGUGUCCACAGCUGUUGAGCAGUAUGUCCCUGCUGAGAAACUAAGCAUAUAUGGGGAUAUGGAGGACAAGAAGGACCAGAAACUGAUGUCUUAUGUGCAGUCCUCUCUGGUGAUUAUCAGAUCUCCUAGGGGAGAGGAGCAGGAAGCAGGACCUCUUCCAUCAAAGGUCAACCUAGAUCAAUCUAACAUUUAAGAGUCUAGUAGGAUCAUCCAAAGGAACUCCUUAAGUCUUAAUGAUAGAUAUUUGGUCUUCUCAGUCCAAACUUUGUGAUUGUUGCUUAAAACACUAUAUUGCUAUUUACUAUUAAUAUUUUGGUUUCUCCUUUUUCAAAUUUGAUAAGUAUGGACUAUGGGGAAUAUUUUCAUUGUUUUGGCACUUUAAAGGCAUUACCAAUCAUAAUGAAAGCACUGUAGUGUUUUCUACCCAUUUGUAGAGAGAAAGUGUUUUUUUUUUUUUUUUUUUUUCUUUUGUGUGUUCUUGGUGAAAUCAAUAACAUUUUGUGAUUUGUGGUACAACAUUUGUGUUGCACAGUGAAAUUUUAUUUCGAUUUAUGCUAUCUCAGAAAUCUUAGCCAUUGGUGGGUGAAAGUUUGUUGAACUGUUACAGAAUCACUCAUAGUAGAAUUUCAGGCAAUAUAAAUGAAAAUAUUUAGCAACCUCAGAUUUGUCAUCUUGAAAUUGUUAAUAAAGAAAAAUACCAAAAUGUG